AUGCCCACCCCAAACCCUCGCCGCCGGGACCCGCGCGCCCAGUCCCCCGUUGAAUCCUCCUCCGACGAACUUGCCGCGGGCUCAGACCAUGAGGAAGCAGAACGCCGCCGAGCCAGCUGGACCAUGCACAAAGGAUUCACUCCCCAGCGUCCCUAUCAGCAAGAGCGUCAAUUCACCGGGUCCGAGAGCCCUGACGAACUCGCCGUUGACGCAGACGAGUAUUGGCGUGGUUCGCGCCGUCGCCGCAGCCCCUCGCCUAUCAAGCGACCAGACAGCAGCCAUGAAGGCCAAUCCCACGACGAAUCUGAAGUCCUUGCCGAGGAUGGAAUGACCAACGUCGACGAGACCCAUGAUAAUGCUGCGGACGCUAUGUCGGACCGCUCCCCCACGCCGGUUCCUCCCCCAUCCCCUCCGCCGCCUUCCAAGCCGGACCACCUAAACUACAAGGAGAAAUUUGUGCUGCGAGGCCAUCUACGGGGAGUUUCUGCUGUGCAGUUCUCGCCGGAUUGCUCGAUGAUUGCCAGUGCUGGCGCCGACGCAGCCAUCAAAGUCUGGAGCACCGCGACGGGCAGGCUCAUCUACACAUUUGAGGGGCAUUUGGCAGGAAUCUCCACGCUUGCCUGGAGCCCUGACGGCCAGUGGAUCGCAUCCGGGUCUGAUGACAAGACCAUUCGAUUUUGGAAUGUGAACACGCUCAAGCCGCACACGAAGAACUUUGUCGGCCACCACAACUACGUCUACCAAAUUGCCUUCACACCCAAGGGCAAUAUCCUCAUCAGCGGCUCCUACGACGAGGCCGUGUUCAUGUGGGAUGUGCGGCGAGCGCGAGUGAUGCGGUCUCUGCCAGCACAUUCCGAUCCGGUCGCCGGCAUCGACGUGGUUCACGACGGCACGCUGAUCGUGUCGUGCGCGCUGGACGGCCUCGUCCGUGUUUGGGACACUCACAGCGGGCAGUGUCUCCGGACAUUGGUCCACGAAGAUAACCCGCCGGCCACGUGCGUGAAAUUCUCGCCGAACGGCAAAUACAUUCUGGCCUGGACGCUCGAUGGCUGUGUACGGCUGUGGAACUAUGUCGAGAGCCGUGUCAUCAAGACGUUCCAGGGCCACGUGAAUAAGAAGUACAGUCUGUCCGGGUGCUUUGGGUUGUAUGGUCCGCCGGAUGUGAAGUACACGCCGCCGCUAUGCUUCGCCGUCAGCGGCAGUGAGGACGGCGCCAUUCUCUUUUGGGAUCUGGUCAGCAAAAACACCUUGCAGCGGCUCGAGGGCCACACCGACGUUGUCCUGGGUGUGCACACGGGCAAAUUGGACGGCAAGCGUCUGGUUGUCAGCUGUGGCCUCGAUAAGACCGUGCGUGUGUGGGAAGAAGCUUCCGAGGAUGAGAGUCCAGUGGCACCGGGCAUUGCUACCUCUGACGCCACCCCUGCUGAAGUCAAUGGGCAGGAGACGCCUGCUCACGACGAAGACGGAGACGAUGCCAUGGCCGACGCCCCGCCCUCGGGGGAUGCCACGCCUGCGGAAGAUGUGACGAUGACAUGA